AUGUCUGGGUUCGAAAUCGCUGGCCUGGUGCUUGGUCUUUUCCCGAUUGUCUGCGACGGUGCUAAAGACUUGAGUGGCGUUGCAAAGGAUGCCAAGUCUUGGUGGCAGUUCCAGAGAUCAUUUGACGACUUCAUCAGGAGACUUUACACAGAGCGUGUAUGUUUCGACCAGGUCAUUUUGGCUCUAUUAGAGCCAGUACAGGAGCUUUCGAAUACGGAACUGGAAGCUCUUCGGUAUAACACCAAUCCGAGCCUCUGGCAUGACCUACACGUUCGGGAAAUGCUCAACCGCAGGAUUGAUCGGUCUCAUCAUGAAUGGUUCAUGAGACACAUGAGGGAUAUCAUCGAUGCCCUGACGGAGCUACGCAAUAUGUUGCCGUUUGAAAGGGCCUAUCAAUUAGAUAGCACCGACCUGGAAAGCACUAUCUUCAGACUUAAAAUCAGCUUCUCUCAUAAGAAGGACGAGCUCCUUGGCAUUAUUAACAGCAGGAACGAGGAGUUACGCAACUAUCUCUACAUGUCAUCACAACUCCAUAUGAGUCGGACCUCACUUCAGACGACAACAACACAAGAUACGAAAAAGCAAGCAAGAUCUUUAAGAAAACAGCAAGAGCAGGCGGAGUCAGUUUUCAGUGGCUUCAAGCGUCGUUGGAUUUGUAGCUGUAAUCCUGACAAUGUCCACUCGUGUGGCAUUUCCACUGAAGGAUCAGACAUGAAACUACUUUUUAAUGGCGCGAGAAACCAGCAUCUCAGAAUUGAAGUGGAGGUUCGAAGUGAAAUGCAACAUGCAAACAUUCUGUCCUCAGAACCAUCCACGGUUCCUACGCAGGCUGACCUGGAGGAUCUAACGCAGAACUCCAUCAGAAAACGCAUAUUAAAGAACAUGCGAAAACAAGGCAACAGUAUUAGCAGACUAGUGCCAUCAACCUUGUUGACACUGUCAAGUCCAAUCCAUGUCAGGGGUGAUAACAAAUACGACAAGGGCCUUGAAAGGCCACCUGAGAGGCUUAAGAAAAGAACCCAAAACGAAAACGGUAGAAACAUUGCACGGUCUUCUAAAGUUCAGUUCAACUUGCCUACAGAACUGGUUACAACUCCAACUUCCCUGUCCACUGUCAGCCGCGGUGGUCAAGCGAUUGGCGACAUGUGUCUCACGAUUAAUACACCAAGUCAAGAAUCCUGUCUAGGAUUCCUAGAAGUAUCUGACGCCAAACUAUUCUUGCAUCUUGACCCCCCGAAUUACCCACAGCCCCUCCAGAUGCAAAGUUUCGAGGAGUUUCUCAGCGAACGGCAUCCACGGGACUUUCGUUUAAAACUAGGCUUGGCAGUCAUCAUACUCAUUCUCAAACUCGGUCCUCUAUGGGUUCCAGAUAAACCACUUAAAUCUUCACUCGUCAUCCUACAAACUCCUGGAUAUCCCCCACAGCCUUUCGUAUCACAUCCGUCAAUCCAUGAAACGCUAGGAUCAACAUCGACAACGGGAACUGAGAAGGAGAAAGGAAAAACGACAUUUCUUGCUCUUGGUAUCAUGCUGCUUGAGCUGCUCUUUCGUGGAAGUCUUGAGAAACAGCCUUUCUGGGCGACAUAUACUGAUAACGGACAACGACACGAGUUUACUGAUUUUGCUGCGGCGAGUAGGUGGCAGAAGGACGCUAUAUAUGAAUAUGGAGAAAAGGUUGCAAAUGCUAUAAGCAAAUGUGUGAACUACACUGUUGACAACUCAGUGGAUCUACGAAGUGCAGAGUUUUUACAAGAGGUGUGGGAGAUGGUUCUGAGACCGAUUGAAGAGACGUUAGCGUGUUCCAGUGGUGUAGCAUAA